CUUAAUAACAAUGUUGUUUACAAAAGGUUCUCGAAGCGGUCGGACGUAGCGGAACGCUCCGCAUUUGGGGAAUUAGUAACGCGAGAGUGGCUUUUCUACCGUUUCAAAGAAAAAAGGAAUAUUCGGCAUGCUCUUAUUGGAGAUGCAAAGAAAAAGUGUCACACUAGAAAGCAUCGAGAAAAAUCGGGCCGAAAUGGGCUAGUGUUUAGUUGUGGAGGAAACGCCACAAUUUCGAACGAACGAGGUGUGUCGAACGGAAACAGAGACCCGCAAAACGGUUCCCAACCACGUGCAGAGCGUUUCGGUUUUUUUUGUGAUUUUGUGUAGUGUGUGAAAAGGAGUAGCUUCUUUUGAAAAUUCCGUGCCGAGAAUCUCGAGCUGUGUGUGUGUGGUGUAUGUGCACGUGUGAGUGAAAGUGUCCUGAAACAAGGGCACCGACAAGGUGUAAAUUAAGCCAAAUGCACUAAGAGUGUGGGGUGUCGGUGGUGCAUUUUCCGAACCCCCGUAUGAUAAAAAGAAAAUCGCGUGACAGACAACCAGAACCAGCGUAGUGGUUCCCGUUCUCGAAGGUUUAAGGUUGCGACCAACGGGGACAGAUUAGAGCACCAGUGCGCUGUUCAGUUUCGUGAUGACGGUGGCCAACUUGCUGGUGUGACGGGCAAGUUCUUCUGUUUCUUCUCUCGCCUCGCCUUGGGUGUCAUUUUCCCCCUGGUUUUUUUUUGCCUGACGGCACUGGUUGGCCGUCCGUCGCGGCGUAAUUCCGUUCCGUGCUUGUGGCCACGUUUGGGUAAGGUGUGUGUCUGUGUGCGGCUUAGCGACGGAAAGGGGUCCCUCCACGCACACAAACACUCACACAGAACGGCCGUCAGCCGCACAGCCGGUUCAGAUGCGAGCAGCGAGCUUGCGGCGCCCAGGGUGCUUGGCGUGAGAAAUCCCAUCUGAACGAGCGCGAGCGAGAACGAGAGAUAGCAGCGAGGCAACGCCAAAGCGUACCGGAGGGGAACGGACGUGCACAACCGUUUCACAGCGGACGGACAGGCACAAGCGGAGGGGGGUGGAGAAGGAGAAGAAGGAGGAGGAGGAGUGGUCGAGGGUGCGCCGCGUGGCCUUCGGUUUCGUGCCUCGCCGUGUACCGCACACUCGCCGUGUACCGCUCUCGCGCCGAGGCCAUCGGCGUCAUCGGUCGUCGUUGUCGUGGUCGUGGUGGUCGGUUUUCGGGCCCUGUGGUCGUCGCGUAUCGUGUCGGUCGCGUCCAACGCACCCGCUCGCUACUGGCCGCCGUCCCGCUGCAUGCCCUGUGUGCCGUCCAUCUGUGCCGGUCGCUAAGCCUGUGUGUGCGUCGCGACACGCUGGUGCCCGCCCGCGUUUAUCUCGCUCACGGGAAAAACGGGUCGACAGCACGCGGGACGUCGCUGCUGGUGUGUGACGUCGCUCCGUCGCAACCGUUGCGUGCCUUCCGCGCGCGCUCCCGGUCCAUCCGGUCAUACGACUGGGUGCCAUCGUGACGGAGACGACGGGCAAUGGCGGACGAAUUAUUUAUCGCCGAGCCCCAUCGCCGCCAGUAGGUACCGGAGAAUUGCCCGUUCCCGACCUGAAGAGAGAAGGUGGAUAAAAAGCAAAACGAAAAACGACGGCCACCGAACAACACCAACAACAACUCCAGCUCCAGCAGCAUCCUCCGCAGUACAGCGUUCCUCUCCAAAAACACAACGCCCCGGGUGGAGGACAUCGAGAACAUUCAGCUCGGCCGCAGACUUCAUCGGCCGUUCGGUGCUCGGGAGUUUAUAAGCGGGGUGAAGCGGAGUGAAAGUGAAAUCUCCCCCAUCUUGCGUGCACAAGUAUUCACAAGGUGUGUGCUCCUAAACUGAAGGAAUACGGUCGGAAGAAACUGACUACCACUGCCACUGCCAGCAGACGAACAUUGCCACCUAGCGUGUAGAAUUACGUUCACGAAAAGCGUUUGUAACAUACACAUCAUGGCAGAAUCAAAGCAAGCGCCGCUUUCAGAACCGGAAGAGUCGCCGAAAUGUGAUGGUGGAAGAGAUUCUCCGCGAGUCACGGCUGAACCGGCAGCGGACACAACAGAGGACACCACCGACAAGGGCGCAGCCAAAACGUCUUGCACACCUCCACCACCAACUACUACCUGUGAGUCAGCGGAAGCAGCAGGUGAUGAGAAAGAUGAAGAAAAACCAACACUCAAGCAAGAAGUCGACGAAUCCGCACCGAAAAUUGAACCAGACGAGCAGGAGGACGAAUCAUCCCCGCAGGAAAGCGAUAGGGCAACCCCUGAGGCCGCGCCGGCAGUAGAGGAGUCAGAAGAAUCGGUGAAGAUGGAAGAGGUCACGGUGGAGGAAAAGUUGACGCAAAAAGAGGAGGUAAAAACAAAGGCACCUACGCCACCGGUAACCAUGAAGACGGAGCCACAGCAGCAGCAAGUCGACGAUGAUGGUGAUGAUCGUGAUGAUGAUGGUGGUGUUGUGGAUAGUGCUGUCGUCGAUGCAAAGGGUGCCGUAAACAGUGAACCAAAGGUAGCAGGCGCAGCUGCCGAGCCGAAAGGCGAAAGCAGAAAACGCUCGCAGACUGACCAUAGUAGGCGCAGUAGAAGCAGUAGCAACAGUAGUACCAGUAGCAGUAGUAACGGAAACAGUACCAGCGCAGAAGGCCGUAAUAGCAGUAGUGGUGGCAGCAGCAACAGCAGCGGCAGUAGCAGUGAUAGCGAGGGAGCCAGUUCGGCGAAAAAGGUGAAAUUGGAACCGGCGAACCAAGAAGAAGAGGAAGAACCUGCGAAGACUGAAGUGGAUGCGGGCGGGAUGGACGAGAAGCAGUGGCCAGCCAGGUCACAAUCUCCUCAGACGGGUGACUCGAACGUGGCAGACGUGAAGGAGACAGGAAUUUCCCGGCCGGAAGAGCAGCAACCCAUUUCGACCGAAACGUUAGACCGGGAAGAGCAAACGAGGACAUUCUCACCGGCACAGUCAACCUCUCCGGUCAAAAAUGCUUCCAUCGAUGUGGACCGGGCAGCUAAUGGUAGCGAGGAAGUAAACCGUGCUGCUGAAUCGAUGUUACUUCCACCGCCUCCACCACCCCCACCGUUGCCAGAUGUAUCGCGGCCGGUGGUGGGGAAGGUGUCCAUCGUGGCACCGGUACUGGAGCGACCGGAUUCGGCUCGGUUGACGGCCGAUCUGCAGAGCUGUCAGCGGCAGCUAGCCGAGGUACGGUCCAAGUACGACGUAACGCGCAAGGAACUGCACGCGACCAAGCGCAAGCUGAAACGCAUGUCGGUACGGUUGGGCAACAUGACAGGUGGGGGUGCGGUACCGCCCGGUGGGCACACCGUAGGCAAUGCGUCCCCACAUCCACUGACGAUCGGUACCACGGACGAGGACCGUAACCGGAAAUGGCGCGAACCGAUGAUACAGGCAGCGAUGAAAAUUAAGACAGCUAUGGGCAUCCAGGCGUACAAAUCGCUGAUCAAGGACGGUGAGCUGCUGCUACCUAGCUUGCGUACCAUUACCCGGUAUCUGGAGUCGCUGCGCAAGUCUGGUGGGGGAUCGGCUGCAUCGGGUGCCCUCGCUAAUUCCGGCACGGUCACGAAAAUCGCCCCCACCACUACAACGAUAGAGGUGGACGACGUGCCAGAAGAGGAAGAGUAUGAAGAUGAGGAGGGGGUGGUGGUGGACGAGGACGGAAUGGUUGUGCGGACGGACGGUGUGCUACAGCGCCGGUUGGAACAAUCGGCAGGGAGGAAGAAGCUGGCGAAGUCGAAUGGUGGUGGCGGUACCGGCCGAGCGGUUGAUUACAAUCGGAACGAGCAGAGACGACAUCCGCCGUACAAUUCCCAGCUGCAGGAGAUUAAGACAGAGCAGGAUCCCGUCAGUUUUACCGCAUCGCCCGAUAUAAACUACUACCAGCAUAAUGCAGACGACGAUGACGAUGAGGAUGAGGAUGGCUACCAAGAUCCGACGUCCCUGCUGGAAGAAAGCCGGUACGAGGAAGCUAGUGGAAUGCAUCUGAACGGAGAGGACGCCGGCUACCAUUACGGUCAGCCAGGGCAGCAACCGCACCAGCAGCAAACACUGUCUCAGGCACAGAUCGAGUUCCUCAAAUCGAUGGUAGGCUUCCGGAAGAAGUGGACCCCGUACGAGCUGCGAACAUGUAACGACAUUCGCCGCAUCAUUGGUAGCCGGGAGUAUGAAUCGUUGCGCCGAAAGGAUGGUAUGCCACUGCCCAGUGUGAAGACGCUUCGCAAGUACCGGCACGCUGCCCAGCUACCGGACGGCGUGGACGUGAUGGGUCGGAAGCGUAAGCUCAACGAAAUGGACGACUCGCCCACCAAUCAAUCGCGCACGGUGCCACGGUAUGGUGGAGGCGCGGAGUCCGGUCCGGCCGGCACGGUUGACAAUGGGUCCGGUGUGCUGUUUCCGUUCGGUAAUGAUACAGAUAAGGAGCUACUCAAACCGGAACACGAUCCCGACGGAGGUCAUUUCGAUGUGAGCAUACUGACGCUGCCGCAGAUAAGUUUCCUACAGACGCUGACCAUGAACACGAAAGGCUUCUCGGACUACGAGUUGCAGCGAUCGCUGGAGCUGAAAAACGAGCUUGGUAGCGGUAACUACGAAACGCUACGGAAGCAGGAGUUUCUUAACAUUCCUACGCUCGCUAUGUUGACGCGUUACGAGCAGGAUAAUGGGCUGGAAGAUCUGUCACGGCUGAACGGUCGAAGAGCACCGGGCGGUGAGCGAAAGCGCCGUAAGGCAAACGAUGCAGCGGUAGAGGUGGUGGUGGCGGCGUCGGCGGCGUCGGCGGCUCAGGAGCAGGAAGACCAGCGGAACCGCGAGCUCGAGGAACAGCAGGCGCGCGAGCAACAGCAGCAAGAGCAGGAGCAGGAGCAACAGCGUCAGCUGGAACUGUACAACCGAUUGACACAGGCAGAUCCGUCCCGGCAUCCACUGUUCGACAGUAUUGCCGGUGACAUGUCCCCGGUCGAGGGUGCCGAUCCGGCGAUAACGGCGGCCGCCAUUGCCGCGGCCAUGACGGCGGCAGCCGCAGCCGGUUUGCAUCCCACACAGUUGGACCAUCAUCUGAACGGCAGCGGUGGUGGUGUGGCUGGCGGUGGGGAAGAUUCGUCGAUGAGCAUGUUCGAACAUCAUUCCAUAUUCGACAAGGACACACCGACGUUCGAUAUGACCAAACUGUCACCGGCACACGUUGAGUUCCUGAACACGCUGCCCGAGAAUCCGAAGCGAUGGACGCAGGAGAUGAUAAAUUCGGCGCUCGAUAUCAAGAACGAAAUUGGCACGCGUGAUUAUGAAAUUCUGCGCCGACAGGGAAUACCGCUGCCGGCGGCCCGAACCCUACGACGGCACAAGGACAUUCGCAACAAAGCAGAUCGGGCGAUGAGCGAAACGGGGGAAAUCUUACCCGGCAGUGGUUCCGCUACGCCGGCCGCAGUUGUCGGAGGCAGCGGAUAAAUGAUGCGUGCUGUGUCGAAGCGUUCCUGCCUCCCAUUGGGUUUCCGCGUAGUGCGGUAGAGUUGUGGACCGAUGGGGUUGGUUGAUAUGUAAACGUACCUGUGCCAGAUAUCAUUUAGUUUCAUCAAAAUAGUCAAGCGAGUAAGCAUAGAAUAGCGAAUGGCAGUCACAAAGAAGUAGACACAAGGCACAAGUAAAAGGGGAAAAGUUUAGCAUGCCAUCAGCGCACAUCUGGGAGCGAUCAUCUAAAUUUUUCGUUAAACCUUCGCCAAUGUAUUACUUUGUUUUGAUUGUCGAAAUGUCUUUAGAUUACCGCUAGCAACAUAUUAAAAUAGUGUGUAGAACCAAAAGAACCCGCAAAUGGAUAUGGAGCUUCAUUUGUAAUUCUGCGUGAUUCGUUUUGACUUACUCUUUCCAAAAAUUCCUAUCCAAACGACCUCUCGUGCGAUGCGUGAAUGAGUGACAAAAUGAUUUGGCGGGAGUAGAUGCGAUAGUCAAUGGAGGUAGAAGAAAGCUGUCCGUUUGAAGUUAGCUGAAUUGAGAUCUGGAAAUCGAACACGGCAUGCACCAAAUAGAGGAAGGAUCGGUUCAACGAAAUGCGGCCACUCAAUUAAUGUAAAUAUCUAUAGCUAACUACGUGGUAGAUGUUUGUUAAGCACAAGUAUGAAAAAACACACGGUACACACGGGGAUGUGUGUCCUAUUUUGAGAGCAAUUACGAAGAAAUUAUUCUAGACGUCAAGAAUGUAAGCGAUCUAUGUAUAUGGUAGUAGUCAAUCGAUGAUGUUUGAUAAACAAGCUAAUUCAAACGAUGCCAACUGUAGUGUGCCAGGAGGAAAACUGUGUCGAUGGUGCACGCACAUGAGUGGAAAGCUCAUUUGUGAACAAUUUUAACUCUAGGUGUGUUUUAAUGCGAGAGUUUCGUCGUAACGCAGAACGAGAGAGUGUACAUAUUUAUGUAAACGCAUUAGCUCGAUAUUCGGUACAUUUCUUUGAAAUUACCACCAACUCUAUGGAAACAAUCAAUGGAAUGCCGUUUAACCGUGAGACCGCAAAGUAAUGUUACAAAAUAAAUCCUGAGCUGAUGUGAAGGUUCUUAUGGACCUGCUGAAAA